UUUUCUCUCACUUUCUCUCGCAUUUUCUCACCGAUCCUGCUCAAUUUCCUGGGAUUAUCCUGAGGCCUACGCUCCUCGUUCCUAUGGCUGAGUGGAGCCAGAUGCCCGAGGACCUCCUCGAAUUCAUCGCGCGACGCCUCGACACGCAGUUCGACGUCCUCCGAUUCCGAUCCGUCUGCUCCUCGUGGCGUUCCUCGGUCGCGCCGAGCCCUAGCCCCUCCCGGCGCGGUCAAUUCCCGAUCCUCCCGAGCGACGGGAUCUCCGACGCGGCCCGGGAAUUCCGCCUCUCCAGGCGUACCAUCUUCCUCCUCGGAGUGCCCCGAUCCCGCGACGAAACCUUUGCCUGCGGGUGGCUGGUCAAAGUCAAGGAGGACGUCCCCCGGAGCACGAAUCUACUGAACCCCCUCUCCAGGUGCCCAUUCACUUCUCUCCCUGAGGACUUUCCGAGAGUUUUGGAUUUGAUGAAUCUGCGCGUGCUGGAGUUAGGGCACGAGUAUGUGUUGCAGGACAUGGGUUAUCGUCCUUUUGGUAAUGAUGGUCAUCUGCACAUGAAGAAGGUUGUUUUUUUGUGUUUAGACAGCGGAAAUGAUUUUGCGCUGCUCACGAUUCACGUGUCUGGGCAAUUGGCCAUGUUUAAAUCUGGGGAAAAACGGUGGUCCAUCAUUCAGGACAUGCCGUCGCCGUAUGACGACGUGAUAUUGUUUAAGGGGGAGUUUUAUGCUGUCGAUGGCACUGGGAGGACUGUGGUUGUCGGGUUGGAUUUGGGUGUGACCUUGAUUGCCCAAUCAAACUGGGGGGGUGGCAAGAAGUUCUUGGUGGAAUCUGUCGGCGAACUGCUGUUGGUCAAUAUGUAUUUGAGAUUUAGGAGGGAGAGGACAGUCCGGUUUAAGGUUUACAAGUUGGACAGAGAAAAGAAGGAAUGGAACGAGGUGAAAGAUUUAGGGGAUAGGGUGUUGUUUCUGGGAGAUGAUUGUACAUUUUCUGCUUCAGCUGCAGAUUUAAGGACUUGUAAAGGGAAUCGCAUAUUUAUUGCGGAUAACCGGGAAGUGGAAAGAGCUUUGAGGAGCCCUGGGAUUGGUGUCUAUGAUAUGAAGAGUGGCAUCAUUGGACCUUUAGAAGAUGAUGAAGGUUGUUCGAGGUUGUUCUGGCCACCUCCGGAUUGGAUUGCUUCAAGGACCUCUGAAGUUCAAAAUCAAUUGGAAACACUUGUAGUGUAAUGCGGAGGUUGGUUUUCUUGGAUAUGGGGUGAUGCUGCAGUUGAAUCGGCAUUGUACAUGAAUAUUUGCAGUACGGAAGGACUAGAGAGGUUUAUUCAGCUCACUGCAUGGAACCAAGGCAACUCCUAUCCACGCCGAAUGAAGGCAAUAAGGUGGUUUGGUUAGGUGACAACACAUCCUCUGAAUAACUGAUUAUGAGCUUAAUGCUCAGAUCCACCAAGAGCACCUGCAUCUCUGCACAGGUCUUGUUAUAUAUUUGACUGUUUAUUAACGAUGUCGCUAGACGGAAUAACAGGGA